UAUUUCAAAAAGAUUCUUCCGACCAGGGACGAAGAGAUCUGGUUUGACGCGUCAUUUCAGUGGCUCUUUCAAUGCUAUGACCAGCCUCAUGUCUGAACCGGGUCCCAGGCCGCCCCCAAUGGGAUAUUCGAAUCUCACUUUGACUUUUCCUUAUGGAGGCCGAGUGUAUGUUAUCCGAAGAUCCGCAAUGUGUGACCUUGGCCCGGACGCUGAUAAACGGAAUAUUCCCUGAAAGCCAAAGAACAACGGAAGUUUUUCAGCUGCCAUGGAAAUCCCUUUGACCCUUCGAUGCAGAAUGGACCAAAAGUUUAAAUACGCCCCAGGAACGUGGGCGACCUUGCUACUUGUUAUUUCCCCAAUCCCUACGUGUCUCUUCCUGUUCCUUUUCUGCUAGUGCGCCAUGCGCUAUUUUGUUCGGUCUCGUUUCUCUCGCGGGCUGUCCGGGCUGCGCCCUGUCCUUGGUGGUCCUUCCGUUGACCGGUCAGACUUUCGUAUGGAUACCGAGCCGACGCCUUACACGUUCAUGCCCGCCGAUGGUAAACUCAAACGUGAAGAGAGUUUCUGCGUUAUCGAUCCUCCUAAAUUUCGUAUCGACAUAGGUCUUCCCGAUCUACGUCCACCCGAGACGGCCGAGGAUCAUCGUGUAUAUGACUCCCUGAUGGCCCUGCCCUUCAAUGAGUACUUCGCUCGUCAGCUUUACAAGUCUCGUGGUCAGGUGGAUCGAGCUAUUGCUGGCACUCCGGCACGUAUCGCACAGGCCAAAAAGGUAGCAGCAAAGCGGCAGGCAUUAGGGCUCAAACAAAAGGAGAAGGAGGAGAGAGCUAGACUUCAAGAGUUGGCGAAGCAGAGAAUCGAAGAGGCCAAGAGAGCAAAAGAGCAAGCCCAGCUCGAGAGGCGGCAGGAGCAAGCCAAGAGACAGGCCGCUGAGGAGCACCAGCGCAAGUAUGAGGGCUGGAGGGCGCAAAAAUGGAGCGAAUGGGAGUGGCGACGAAGGGAAGCAGAGCGAAUGAAGAGAGCGAUGGAGCAGGCUGAACGCGAACGUAAGGCCAAGGAAGCGCACGACAGGAUGUUGGAGGAGAUUGAGCGAAAGAAGGAGCAGGAGGAGCGUGAGCGAAGAAAGAGAGAGGAACAGAUGCGUGAGCGGAUGAGGAGAGAGCAGCAGGAACGGAUAUGGAGAGAGCAGCAGGAGCGGAUAUGGAGAGAGCAGCAGGAGCGGAUAAGGAGGGAGGAGCAGCAGAAACGUGAACGGAUGAAGAGGGAGCAGGAGGCGCGUGAGCAGAGAAAAAGAGAGCAGGAGCGAGCCUAUGAGAGGCAAAACCAAGAGCGCAAGAGACGCGAGGCAGAGGAAAUGGCCACUCGCCGACGCCAACAGAAACUGCGGGAAGAAGCGAUUGCGCCGGGGCGUAUUUUCGAUGAAUACGAGGCGAAGUGGACACAACUUCUGAACGCACAGCUCAACCGCCGUUGGAAAUUCCUCCAAAUUCCUUGGCCCGUACGUUCAGUUGUCAAGGGCCCCGAGCAACUCACGCCCCGAGAAAUUCGGGAUUUCAUUCUGCACCCCAUUCGCCUCUCCCGCAAGAAUAUCAAUGUCAACGAUCGGCGGGCCGUUCGUCGCAUGGUUCUCGAGGAAGUAAGACGGUGGCAUGCAGAUAAGUUCACUAAUACCACGGUUUCGAAGGUCAUCCCUGAGGACCAAACAGCUGUUGCUGAGGCGGGCUUGUUGGUGACAAAAUAUCUCAACGCGAUUGUAGCUGAAUACAGCUGAACCUGACCAGGACGCAAUUGUCCAUGCAUACUGGACAAAGUAUUUUCUGUUUCUUUCAAUUCUAUCAUGAUGAUCGCACACCUAUGUUUUUUUAUGUAGAGUAUGCUUCCUUCUAAAUUUAAAGAAUGCGAUGUUCUUAUG